AUGCAGUCUCAGGUUGGGUUCGUGCUUUCCUUUCUCGCCAAAUUCGCCUACGAUCAUCCAAACCAAGAUCUCAUCGUUGCUUCAACCUGCUUCUCUGAGAAUACGACGACGGUCCUCCCAAUUAGAUAUCGCGCCAGCCUUUGUUCCAUUUCCCCCAACUCAGCGUCAGCGCCAAUGGCGCAUGCGACUGCGAACUCGACCCCAUCCCACGACACGACCCGGCCAGGCACGAGGGGGGUGCUCCAUCAGAAUAACCAGGAGCGAACGAGCAAGCAAACCUCAACUCGUCUUCCCCGUCCACUCCUUCAGCUCGCGACAUAUCUGCCGUCACCUGCUUCAACCCCGGACCUAAACAAGAGGACGAGCUGCGUCAGGGUCGGCCACAGGAUCGUAGUGAACUCGACACGGCGUUUUUCCUGA